ACUGCACCGCCUCAGAAUUUGUUGAUUUUAUUUAGAAAAUAACUCAAUAAUUUGAACCCUUUGGUGGCCAGUCAAGCGUGACGACUUGAGCCACGGGUUCAUAGUAUAUAUAUGAAGGAUAUAAAACCAUGCCAACCAUGGAAGUGAACGAGGAGCACGUACAUACUUUACUGAGUAUGGGCUUCCCUAGCGAAAGUGAAAUCAGAAAGGCUCUCAGACUUGGCAAGAAUGACCUCAAUGAAGCAGUUGCAUACUUGACCAAUGAGACCUCGGUCUCGGGGAUAGAUACCCUUGACGAUAUAGAUGUAGAAAUGAAAGACAUGCAUCGGGGAUCUGGUGGUCAAGCGGAACAGAUGGUUUAUGGCCCAGUAAAUGCCCCUCCGCCAAGUUAUGAUGAAGUUGUGCCGUACGUUGAAUCUGACCACACUCUACUAAAGAAGGCUACAGAGGUAUCUGAUGAAUCGGAAGUGACCAAUGGACACAACAUGAGCAGUGAUUCAACCAGUUUUGAAUUCCCAGUCACAAACCUGUAUGAACUUGAGGGUAGGGUGUUUACUGACCACUGGUCCAUACCUUACAAGAAAGAGGAAUCCCUUGGAAAAUGUUUAUUUGCAGCUACAAGACUAGCUAAGGAAGGACUCUGCGAUGCUGAUGAUAACUGUGUUCGCUUUCUUGAUCGUUGCAUGCCAGAAUGUUUUCAAAAGCUUUUGACUGCCGGUGCAGUGCACAGAUGGGGUACAGAUAUUCAAGAAGGGGUUUAUACUAUGCUUCAGUUACUUGUUGAUUUAGUAGCAGCUAGACUACUACACAAGCCUGUGCCAAUUGGUCUUCUGAAUGUUCUAAGUAUGGCCUUUAAUCCAGAUACUGAGUUCCACUUUAAGAAUAAAAAUCGAAGAGGUGACCGAUCAUGGGAAGACAAACUUGGAGUCGAUAAAAUGUUUGGAGUUACUCCCACUGGAAGUAUGCACAAAGACCCAUUUGGCUGGUUAACAGAUCUCAUCAACAGGUUUGCCUUUCGAGACGGAUUUGAUUGUAUCAGUCAGGCCCUGAAGGAUCCUGAUUUGGAUGCACCGUCUAUAUCUGCCCUGUUACAACCCUUUGGGCAGUGUGUUGAUUUCCUGAACCCUAAGGUGGUAGAACCCAUGCUGGCCCCAGGCAUGGAGGGAGCAGUCAGAUUUGUUCAAGAUUUAAAGGAAAAUGACUUGAAGGAGAAGAAAGUAGGCAGUGUGUCCGAUCUGCUUGCUACUAUGAAGACACUGUGCCUUGCCCUGUGGCCCCAAGAGGUGAAGCCUAUUGACCAGCUCAGAUUGGAAGUGGCAUUGCGUAUGCUCAAGUCACCGCAUUUCAAUGCUAGGAUGAACUCCUUGAAAGAGGUUGAUAAGCUGAUCGAAUUGUCCAUGGGCACCAAACCACCCAAGGUAGCCAUCCCACAAGAUGUGAUCCAAGAUUGGCUUGUCCAGAAUGGAGUGUUGAGCAUCGCCCUUGAGGGUAAUAUUGACCAAGCACAGUACUGUGAUAAAGUCAAGGGCAUACUUGACUUCCUCGGCACCGGACUGUCACUGGACGAGCUGACCAAGAUAUGGAAAAUGAGAAAUGGCCAGACAAACCAUGUGAUAGACAAUAUCCAUCUGAUCAUCUCGGCAGGAGCUGUGAGAUUCAACAGUGAGCAGCUGGAGCACCUCUUCUGGUUGAUACAGAAGAGUUGGGCAGAAGAAAAUGACAAAAUGCGAGAGAAGCUCCUUAGUCUCAUUGGGAAGAUCGGAAAAGAUGCAAAAGUCCAAAAAACUACCACAAGGGUUUGUGAAUUGCUUUGGGAUUUGGCCCACCUGCCCGCCCUACCAACCCACUUGAUCGAACUUGCCUUGGAGGAACAUUUAGUGAUUCUGAGUGAUUCAUACAGUAUCAAAGAACAAGUGAAGAAGUUCUACGUGAUCAAGUGUAUUGAGGAUAUCAAGAAGGGUGUUUGGGUUCUCCCGGCACUGAGACAGCUGCUGCACAUAGCCAAAAAUAUCUCCAAGAACACACUGCACAAAGCAGAGAAGGGCAUACUACAGGAGUUGAACAGAGGCCAUGACAUUAUUAAGUUGAUCUCAAGUAGUUUAGUCAAAUGUCACAAGCAGGCUGCUGCAGCAGCUGAAGAAGGAGGUCUGAAUCCGGAUGUAUUAGUGGAUGGAAGAUAUACACAUGGAGAGUACGUGUCAAUCCACUUGAGCUUUCUCCAGUUUGUCCUGAAAGAUCUCUACCUUCCGUGGAAUCGAGCGCGGGAAAUCUGGCUCACUCUGGUCAAGAAUCCAGAUGCAUGUGAAUGGGAUAUUGAGACUGGUUUUGACUGGUUUACCCGGGGCAUAUCAGACUUGGAUUCAGAGACCCAGCGACAGAUGUUCCAGAAAGAGUUGAUGACUUUGAACCCAUCAACACUUUCAAUGCAAGGAUUCCGCUGUUUUAACUGUUUCUUUGAAAGCGUUAAUUUGAAUGCUAACAAUGAGGUACCCAGAUUAAAGAAAAUAGGCAGCACUCUGACUGUUGAACGGUUAGACCUAAUGGGGUUAGAUUAUCUCUGGGAGAUUUGUCUCAACUCAACAAAUGAAGAAAUUGGCGGCUCGGCAAUCAAUCUUCUGUUGAACAUGUCAUAUGUUAACCUUGCUGCGAGAUUAAAAAAGGAUUUGGUGAGCCUGCAUAAAAAGUUUAUAAAUGAGUUAUACAAUCGCCUGGAGGCGGCCAUGAUGACGUUGAGGGGGUCGGCCGUUGCUCAAGCCAUAUCAAGUGCCACAAGAAUGAUCACUGCCCCAACCGUGCCUGAAGCUUUAGCAGUGCCAUCAGCUUCCAAAUCUGCCAAAUUACUGAACAUAGAGCGCCUUCUUCUCGUUGCUGAGAUGUAUGUAUCAACAGUGGAGGAGACCCACACUACGUCCCGGACGAUUCUACCGCACGGUGCAUCAUUUCAUGGAGAACCAAUCAAACUGAAUAUAACGUGUGACUCGCCAAAGAUGGAGUUCACGGUGCAGACUCACAGUAAUGAGAGCCUUGGCCAAGUGCGUGAGAAGGUGGCAGCUGAAUUGAAGAGUAAUGUAGAGCAGGUUCAGAUGGUUGCUAACGAAAAGGUGCUAAUCCAUGGUAAGGAACAGAAGCUUCUCUACCAGAUGGACAUCUUUGAUAACAUGACAAUCCAAGCCAAGGUGUUCUCAUCCUCAGUCUCACAAAGCACACCAAGCAAAGAGGCAGUCGGUUCUGCAUCUGCGAGGGAGUCGUUUGACCUUGAACAGGAGAAGAUGUUACCUGGUGUUGUCAUGGCGCUGGAAGGUCAGGUGUUUGAGAUGCUCUACCAUCUUGCUGACAUGGAUGAACCUAAAAUAACUGAGAGAGUUAGGAAUCUUCUGCAGCUGAUACCAACAGAUCCUUAUGUACAAGAUUCCCUCGAUUCAAUUGGUCAUAAGGGGAUAAGACAGCCGUCAACUGAUGAAGCUACUCCUAGUCCAAAACCUAGUCCGAGGGCAAGUCCAAGAUUGAGUCCAAGAAAAAGCCUCGCCAGUCCUUCAAGUCCUUCACUGUCAGGGCCGCGGUUUCCGUCACCAAGGGAUGGACUGAAGGCAUUGCUGGAUGCCCAUGGCCAGGACAUGUCUGCAUUUAAAGUGCUCUACAACUUAGAGGUGUUGAGUAGUAAGUUGCUGCCUAUAGCCCAAGACACAGUGACUCAGGAAUGUGCCUCGAGUUUCUGUGAAGAUUUCCUUAAUAUCGGCGGUCUCAACUUGGUGAUCAAUAUUCUACAGAAGGAUGCCAUUCCGAUGGAAGUAGACUACCAGACCAGACAAGGGUGCUAUGCUAUAUGUCUUCAGCUGGCCAGGUAUCUGUUAUGUGGCCAUGAGAUCGGUGAAAAGGAACCAACACUGACGGGUCGCUCACGUCGUAUGAGUAUCUGCUCUGUGAGUGGUGCUACAACUGGGCUUACUAUUGAACCAACCGCAGCUACAAGGGUAAUCCAGACAAUGAGUGUUGAGAACUUUAAGGAAACAGUAGCAUGUCUUAUACGAGUGACUUGGGCUGCAGCAGCAGGACGGCUCCACUUGGCAAGCUCAUCUGCGCCUAUUCGUGAAAAUAACAUGUAUGGAGGAACGCGCAGCAGACAAAGUAGCACAGGAAGUACAGCAAGCAACAGCAGUGAUCCAGAAAACCAGGCUCUCCACGCAGGAAUCUGUGUGACCCAGAAAGAACAACUCUCACACCAAGACUGCCUCAUAGCAAAGGAAGCGUUGGAAAUCCUUGUCACUUGUCUCCAGCUUCGGAGUUCUUUGAUAGCCUCCUUUUACUCGAUAACGUGUGUAAGUGACUUCAUCAUCGACAUCCUAGUCGGAUGCCCCCGAGACGACAUCAGACAAGCCACCUAUGAGCAGCUCUUCACAUUAAGCCAGGUUGACCUUGAGAACUCUGAGGUCAUGUCACCACAUCAGUUCAUUCUGCAGGUUCUGUUGAAGGCCAGGCUGCCUUUUUGGAUAACUGCUUCAAUAGCUCGCAGUGGAAAUCAGAAGUUGCUGAGGCAGUGUACGGAAUAUUUUGACCUCAGAUGCCAGCUUUUGGUCAGCAUGUCAAUCGACGUCCAGAAAAAAUACCAACUGGAUAUUCCGACCGCAUUAGAGGAUGAGAUUGCCUGGCUGAAUAACUUUGUCACAUCCAUGAGGACUAAGGACAUAGACAAUGUACUCCUUGCUGGUCAUUUACGCCUCGUGCAAACCCUUCUCACUUGUGAGGGCAUGGAGAAAAAAGUUUAUGGGCAGACGUUAGUUCCAAUGUUAUUGGAUGAGUUCCUGUUCCCAGCGUCAAAGCUCAUCUUGGAUGGACUCGAGAACAUGCAGUGUGAUCGACCCAUGCAUGAUUUUGAACCUAAGUGCUCUGGUUUAGACUCCCGAGUGGCAGCCUACCAACUGUUGACAGAGGUGGCCUCCGGAUGUUUAGACAAUCUACAGCUGAUUAGUAAAUCGCUGCUGUACCGCCAUCAUCAGGUCAAUCCAGACUGUGCUAAUGAGUGGGAGGGUCAGAAACAUAAGAGAUUUGAUUACAUGCCCCCAGUUGAUAGCAGGGCAGCGUGUGGCUAUGUCGGCCUGAAGAAUGGAGGCGCCACCUGCUAUAUGAACUCUGUACUACAGCAGUUAUUCAUGCACCCAGGAGUGGCCGAAUAUAUCCUCGGGGUUGAAAUGGAGAAUGUUGAUGAAGAGAGUGUCUUUUAUCAAAUCCAGAUGGUUCUCGGCCAUCUGCUAGAAAGUUGCCUUCAGUAUCACGUGCCUGAGAAGUUCUGGAAAGUUUUCAAACUUUGGGGGCAGACGGUCAACAUCAGAGAGCAGCAGGAUGCCUUGGAUUUCUUUCAGGCGAUCGUCGACCAAAUAGAUGAUACCUUAAAAGGUCAAGGAAAAGAUCAAGUGUUCAAAAAAAAGUUUCAGGGGGUCUACUCUGACCAGAAAAUAUGCAAAGACUGUCCACACAGAUAUGAACGGGAGGAAGAAUUCUAUGCACUAAAUCUGACGGUAAAAAAUGCAACAUUACAAGACUCGUUAGAUCAGUUUGUGAAGGGGGAACUCCUUGAGGGUGACAAUGCAUACUUCUGUGAAAAGUGUGGCGAAAAGCGAAAUACGAUCAAGCGAAUGUGUAUCAAAACGUUGCCGCCGGUGCUGUGUAUUCAGCUGAAGAGGUUUGGUUAUGACUGGGAGAUGAACAGGGCUCUCAAGUUUGAUGAUUAUUUCAGGUUUCCAUGGGUGUUAGACAUGGAGCCAUAUACAGAGGAAGGCAUGGCCUGGAGAGAGCACGAGUCGCAGAGUGAGGAGUCGUCAGAUGAAGGCUCUGAGGUCAUCCUCACCCCAGGGGCCAAGGCGACCAGGCAGAUUAACUAUGAACUAGUGGGGAUAGUGGUGCACAGUGGACAGGCCAAUGCUGGGCAUUAUUAUUCAUUCAUCAAGGACAGAAAGGGAAACAGUAAGCAGGGAGUGAAAUGGUUGAAAUUCAAUGACACAAUUGUUGAGGAAUUUGAGAUGACUGAUGCAGCAUUAGAAGCCGAGUGUUUUGGUGGAACCUACAAGGCCAAUGUGUAUGAACAGUCAAGCUCCUCCUACCCGGAAGAUCGUCUCCGCUACUGGAAUGGCUACCUGUUAUUCUAUGAACGUAUGGAGGACACACGAGCGCCUGUCUCAGCCAAGAAGAGUCGAGUGACCACUGUAAUAAGGGACAAUGAGCCUAUCAGGUAUUCUGCCAGCCAAACGUCUGACAGCUUUGUUGAGUUGACUGAGCUUGUUCACAAGGGAGAGAAGAAGGGCAUCUUCAUGGACAGGAUGCCUGCACACAUCCAGCAAGUAGUGAGGGGAGAGAAUCUCAUCUUCAUGAAGAAUAGGGAUAUCUAUGAUGUGGAGUAUUUCACAUUCAUUCGAGAACUCUGUGCAGCUAACAUGAGCUGGGGUCAACAUGAGAAGUUUGCCGAUAUGAGCGUGGAAUCCCUACAGCUAUGCAUGUUCUUUCUAUUCAACACAUACUUCAGGACAAAGAAAAAACUCAGGUCUGACUGUGAUAAUUGGGUGUCAAACAUCGAGACGUUACUUCACAGAUGUAAAGCUGCUUGUAUGUGGCUGGUGGAGUUCCUUGCAAUAGGGCAUGGCAGGCCCUACAUCAAGCCUUUCCUCCUCGAGUGCCCACACAGAGAGAUUCGUCAAUCGUUUGAGAAGAUCCUCGAGACAAUGAUGGCGAGUUUCUUCCACCACGGAGGAGUCACAACUCAUAAAUGUUUUGACGAACUGCUCGAGGUUCUCCUUCACAUGCUAAACAAAGAUGUGCCCGAUAAUAUCAAGACAUGUACUCAGUAUUUCUCUGCCCUCAGCAGCUAUGUUCUCAUGGGAACGAAAGCAUGUUGCCACAUGUUUGGAAGGAACGCGUUCCCUCGUUUGAUGUCAUUCCUUCUCGGGCCGAUCGUCAUAUCGCAGACACCAGACCAGGAGGUGUACUCUCGGCGGUGGAGUUCCCUACAAGCAAGAGACUUUGGCCCCCUUCACACAGUUCUUGCCACUUUGAUCCUGAACUCUGAUGUCUCCAAGUACAGAACUGAUGAUCCAAAAGAUCAUCCCAUCAAGAUGCCAAGCACAGUUACACCACAAAUCUACCUCAAGAUGUCCACAGAAAUGCACAAAUGUGUCUUCGGCCCAGACUCUUCUCGGUAUAUCCGAGAAGUGGUUUUUGCUAUCCGGGAAGUGACCACCAGCACUGCUGCCCUCACCGACAUGCUCCUCUACUGCGGCUUCUGUAAUAAACAAUUCAGUAUGGAAGUACUCAAACAAAUUAUGUUUCAGUACAUGAACUCUCCAUCAAAUGAACUGAAGAAUAUCUUCACUCUGCUCAUGGAUUUUGUGCUCCUUGAAGAUCCCCUCCAGUUACAGAGGCUACAAUGUGUCAUUGAAGGUUUCACUGACGAAAAUGACUUCUCACAUCAAGGAAUGCUGGAUGUGAUUCGUAGCAACAACACUAGCGACAGCCGACGGUCAUACCAGUGCAUUAAAUUCUUGGUCCACAUUGCCAACAAGUGUACACUGGCCAAGGACUACCUUCUCCAGACUCCCAAUAGGUGGCAGUGGGCAGUUAAUUGGCUGAAAGACAAGAUGAGUGAACGCUACUGGCACCAAGCAUCAGCCGCAUCCAAUGAAGACUCCAACUCCAAGUCGUUCCAGAGGACAAUGAGUGCACAGUACACACUCGAAGAAGCUCGGGCCCUCCUGACCGAGAUAGAUUAUCAUGAGCCCGACAUGGAGGUUGGACAGGGUGACCAGGCAACCACCGCUAAGAAGGAACCAGAUGUGAUACCAAAACCUUCGACCUCAAAGUCAACCAGUAGAGACGACCUUGACAAAGUCGACUAAUCGCCUUGGAAACAGAGAUUUUCAUACUUCAAUCUCACCAAGCGAUUGUGUGUAUCUGUUUGGAACGAAUGGCCUAAAGAACAUUGGACGUCUUGUGGUGAGGUGGUUUACUGCUCCAUGUAUUUACGUAAGUGUCGAGAAGGAGGAAAUGAUGUCUUGGCAUAAAUUUUAUGAACAUUUUGAGCUUUUUUUUGUACGGAAAUAUGCCAAAGAUUUUACAGUGCCUGAAGAUUUGGGGGGGGGGGAUGUAAAAGGGGAUGAGUAUUUUUGCAUAUUUUGAAAUAGAUAUACAGUAUGUGUACAGAAAUUUUAAAAAUCAACUCGUGAUUCAUAAGUCAGUGAAACAUUAGUUCGAGUGGUCGCAGUUGAUGCAGAUAAAAAAACCACAUGUAGAUUUUCAUGCCCUCUUGAGAAAUUAUCUUGUAGCUACACGUAGCUUACAUGUUGUAAUCCCGAGCAGAACUAGUCCGAUAUCAAACAACUGUAAAGCGAUCGAGGUUUGAUUUUUGUUUGGGUUUGCACUUGUUGACUUGUUGAACUAUCACUGAAUCAUAGACUUGCAAUAAAUGGGCAACUAGGGCUGGGAAAACUAGAUUUCGAAGGAAGUAAAAAUGCAUGUUUUCAUACUGUGUUGGUGGGUUUAGGCCAGUCAAGAGAAUCUAUAAAAAAAAGGUUUAAGUCCGUUGACACAGUAAUUCUAAUAGUUCCAAUUUUUGCAUUUGUUUAUAUACGUAUAUGUGCAUGAACUCUAGAACCUUGCAGACUUGCGCUGUUGCAGGGUUCAACCUCGUGGAUGCCCCUAUAAAAAAUAUGUUGUUGAAUAUAUUAAGGUUAUAUACAUUGCAUCAAUGUAACAAUAUACUAUUUUGUUACAAUAGGAUACUACAUGUAAGACUUAGUAUUGCCAGCACAAUGACCUAAACAACAUUGUUCAUAGCAACUGUACAAAGUAUUGCAGUCGAUUGCAGAACCAAUACGUAAUUUUGUAAAUUGUAAAUUUUGAUAAGACUUCACCUUUCUUCUUAAGUGUACUUUAUAUUACCGGUACUCUUGUGCUUUCUUAAGGGGGAAAAUGUAUAUUUUUGUCCAUAGUGUAUUUGUAAAUAGACCGUCAUUUGUAAAUUAACUUCUGGUUCAGUGUUGGCGAAAGAUUUGUACAAUCACUGUCACCGGAGGAGCCUUCAAAAUGCUUUCAAAGAUUAGUUAUGCGUUCGAAAAUCUGGUUCUAGUCUAGAACUGUGAAAUAUGUCCCACUUGCAUGCUGUCUUCAGGGGGGUAGAAUUCAAAACGAGACAUGUACCAUUGACUAUUCUGAUGGGUUAAGGCAGUUCUCAUGAUAAACGCCCCAACGUGUACAUGUGCAUGUACAUGUAUCUUUAUUGCCUAUAAAAACCGGGCCAGGGGGAACUGUGGUAAGAUUAUCAGUAACCAUUCUUACCUGAAAGUUAUCUGUUUCAUGUCCUGAAGUGGUCAUGGGAGUGAAUAUUGUUUGUUGUGGUUACUUUUAGCGAUAAAAGGUCAGUUGAUCUACCUGUGGAUAUUGGGAUCGUUCAUGUUGUUGAUAUUGUGAAUUGUAAAGUGUUCACCUUUGGUAAAUGCUCUUUGCUCUUAAUUGAAUUUAGGCUGUAUACGUAUAUGCUAUUGUAAUCAUGACUAAUAGUGUCUAGUUGGUUUAGAAGAAUCAAGAGUUGGUGAUAAUUGAAGUUUUAUUUAGUCAAUUGGGAACUUACCAACUUAUUCCUAUCGUUUUCUUCUGGCAGUUGUGUAUGUUGCUGUUGAUGUUGGUUUCUGCAAAUCAGAUUGUCUCUAAUAACCUCUGAAUCAUAUCAAAGUUUCUCUUCUCUCUUCACAAAUGAACUCGUUAAACCAACUGCUCUGGUGUUCCAAAAUCAAUUCUUAAUCUUUCUGUUUGGAAGUUAUCAAUCCUAUUCUACUGCUGGCUGUAUUAUGUCUUUAGGUCCCAACCAUGAAUGGCAUUGAUCUGAAAGCCUUUUGUGAUUGUGAAUCGUUCAGAGAUAACCCUUGUUCUAGAAAUUGGUUGAAAAACCUGCCCUGGGUCACAAGGUUAUAUCUUUGGAGAUAUAGAAGUCAGUCAAUGUUCUUUACUGUUUCUACUUCCCUGUCAUGUACAUGCUGCCACUCCUGGAUGUGAAAAUAAAACAAGUAAUAUCAAGCUAAAUAAUACAUAUUUCAAUCAAAGAAAGUUUCUAAUAAAAACUGUU